CCCAUGGCACCGCCCCGUGUAACCCUUUCCCUACAGAGUAAGGAGCACUACUUUCCGCUCCACACGUGAAUUUGCAGCUGGGAUCGUUGGGUUUAAAUCUCCCUCAGCUUAAAGACUGGAGGCUUUAACUCAGCAGAAAGCAUGUACCUGUACGUCCUGGGCGCGGUCGUCGUCUACUACCUGUACCGCUGGCUGCGGGAGUUGGCCCGCGUGGGCGACAAGGCCACCAAGCACGUGUACAUCACGGGCUGCGACUCGGGCUUCGGCAACAUGCUGGCGGGCCACCUGGACUCGCUGGGCUUCAGCGUGAUCGCCGGCUGCUUCACGGAGAAGGGCGAGGAGGACCUGCGUAAGCGCUGCUCCUCCAGGAUGACCACGGCGCACCUCAACGUCCGCAGCCAGGAGAGCAUCGCCAAGGUGGCCGCCAUGAUCAAGGCCAAAGUGGGAGAGCGCGGCCUGUGGGCGGUGGUCAACAACGCCGGGGUGGCCACGCCGUCUUCGCCAUGGGAUUGGCUGACCUUCGAGGACUACAAGGGCAUGAUGGAGGUCAACAUAGACGGGGUGGUCGCCGUGACGCUGAGCGUGCUGCCGCUCAUCAAGAAGUCCCGAGGCCGGGUGGUGAACGUGGCCAGCGUGUUCGGCAGAGUCAGUGCCUGCUCCGGUGCCUACUGCAUCUCUAAGUACGCCGUGGAGUCCUUCACCGACAGCCUCAGAAUCAGCAUGUUACCGUUUGGGGUGAAAGUGUGCGUCAUCGAGCCAGGCUUCUUCAGGACGGCUGUCACAGCCUACGAGGCCCACUGGCAGAGCAACCAGAGGAUCUGGGAGAAGAUGCCCCAGGCAGUUCGAGACGAUUACGGACCCGACUAUCUGCAGAAAGUGGAGCCAAUAAUCAAGAGUGUCCCCAAAAUGGCCGACGCAGACCUGAUGAAGGUGGUGCACUGCAUGGAGCACGCCGUGGCGGGGGUGUCGCCAAGGAAACGCUACUCUCCAGGAUGGGACGCCAAGCUGUUCUGGCUGCCGCUGUCGUACAUGCCCAGCUGCUUUGUCGACUACCUGCUCACCUUCUCAGCCAUUCCCCCAGCGAAAGCGAUCAAAUAAUGGUGCUGAAUUGCAAACCAUAAACUCUGCUACCAAGGCCUUCCUAACUAUCUUGGGAGAGCUCAUGAUUUUGCAAACUUUUCAAUGUUAACAUCGCUAAGGAUUUACAACUGAAACAAUGCCUUUUUUUGAAACUUGAUCAUGUAGUGAAUGUUUUUUCAGUGUUCACAAUGCAAACAAUAGCGGCGCCUUUGCAUUCAAAGUCUGGGACAAAUCGAUAUCGUAAAGAUAGCACAAAGCCUGCCGUCCUUGGCAGGAUUACCAGUGUUAAGCGAUGAUGAAAUAAAGCGGAACAAUUAAUUCCGACAAA